CUCUCGGAGCCGUGCGCCUUGACGCGUCCUCGCCAGCCGGACAUGCGGGACCGCGCGUAAAGACGCACGAGAGGGGCCGCGUUUCCACGAGCGGAGCUUGGAGUUCGAGAAAAAAAAAAAAAAACGCCGAGAUGUUGGCGAGGAAGAGCAUCAUCCCGGAGGAGUUCGGGCUGCCGGGGCUCGCCUCCCGCAUGCCCCGCAAGCCGGUGUUCAGGGACCGAGUCAACAAGGCGCGCUUCAUCGCCAAGAACGGCUCGUGCAACCUGGCGCACAAGAACAUCCGCGAGCAGGGCCGCUUCCUGCAGGACGUCUUCACCACGCUGGUGGACCUCAAGUGGCGCUUCACCCUCGUCAUCUUCACCACCACCUUCGUCAGCAGCUGGCUGCUCUUCGCCAUGAGCUGGUGGCUCGUGGCCUUCGCGCACGGAGACCUGGACCCGGACCGCGAGACCGACAGCUACUGCGUGACGGACGUCAAGUCCUUCACGUCGGCCUUCCUCUUCUCCAUCGAGGUUCAGGUCACCAUCGGCUUUGGAGGCCGAAUGAUCACCGAGCAGUGUCCGACCGCCAUCACCGUCCUCAUCAUGCAGAACAUCGUGGGGCUCAUCAUCAACGCCGUCAUGCUGGGUUGUAUCUUCAUGAAGACGGCUCAGUCAAACCGCCGCGCAGAGACGCUGAUCUUCAGCCGCCACGCCGUGAUCGCCGUCCGAAACAACCGGCUGUGCUUCAUGAUCCGAAUCGGCGAUCUCAGGAAGAGCAUGAUCAUCGGAGCCACAGUCAGAUUACAGGUGGUGAGGAAGACGACCACGCCCGAGGGCGAAGUGAUCCCCAUCCAUCAGAUUGAUGUGCAGACCGAGAGCGCCGUGGCCAGCAACAGCCUCUUCCUCCUGGCGCCGCUCAUCAUCUGUCACGUCAUCGACAAAACCAGUCCGCUGUACGACCUGUCGGCCAUGGAGCUGCAGUGCAGCGACCUGGAGGUGAUCGUCAUCCUGGAGGGCGUGGUGGAGACCACCGGGAUCACCACGCAGGCCCGGACCUCCUACGUGUCUGAGGAGAUCCAGUGGGGUCACCGCUUCGUUCCCAUAGUGACGGAGGAGGAGGGCGUCUACUCGGUCGACUACUCCAAGUUCGGCAACACGGUCAAGGUGGCGACGCCGCGCUGCAGCGCUCGCGAGCUGGACGAGAAGCCGUCCAUCCUGAUCCAGACGCUGCAGAAGAGCGAGCUGUCGCACCAGAACUCGCUGAGGAAGCGCAACUCCAUGAGGCGCAACAACUCCAUGCGCAAAGGCGGGAGCAGCGGCAGCCUGCGCAGGAACAACUCGGGCCUGGUGGCGCCCAAAGUGCAGUUCUUCUCCCCGAGCGAGGGCGGCCAGAGCCUCAACGCCAUCCAGAGUCUCAACGCUGUCACCUGACACCAGGCCCCCGCCGCUGCCGGCAUCCUGGGCGUGGCCUUCUUGCCCCGAC